UUUCCAGAACCGCCGCCGCCGAGGUUCAUUUUCUACCGUCGUCCACCGUCUCUCAGCCCAGUCCUGCGAAUGUACUCAACCGCUUUCGUUUUCUUCAUUUCAACUGUCUCAUAGGUUUUUGUAACUUAGUUCCAGCGAAGAUGCAACAAUCUUCAUCUCCACCUUGGUGAUUUUGUAUGCUAAUCGGAGCUGCGAGAGGUUAUCUUGUGCACUUUCACCGAAACCUGGGAACUUUUGGUAAGACAUCUGCGGCGUCUACUUAACCGGCUAUAGACUGUGUAGUGGCUAAAAGCAGUGGAGAGAAGGAAAUAUAUCUGCAACGUUUUGUAGAUUGUCCAAUUGGUUGAAGCCUUUGCAUUACUCCGCAUUAGGAUUUCGUUUUCUCCUCUCUAGACCACAGAAAGCCAAUAACGAUUCACUUCCAUGAAUUGUUUGUUGCUCGCUGUGAAUAAUCCCAUCAAGCUCAGUAGAUUAAAGCUCAAACUAGUCAAAUUCGCCUCAACUGCAAUUGCUCAACUAAACCCAUGUUCCUUUUCACACAGUGAUGAUGAACAAAGCACCACCUUCUUCCACACAACUUUGCCUGUUCAAUUUAACCCGUCAAAGGUGGUCCAAAUACUAGGAAGUCUACGAAGGGAGCCCAAGAUUGCCUUUUCCUUUUUCCGCGAAUUGGAGGAACGGGGCUUUCAACAUAACAUCUCUACUUAUGCAGCUCUUAUUAGGAUAUUGUGCUCUUGGGGUUUGGAGAGAAAGCUUGAAUCUCUGUUCUUAAAUCUCAUUGAGUCCAAGAAAAUGGAAUUUGAUGUCUUAGAUUUGCUUGAAUCCCUUAAUCAAGGGUAUGCGGUGGGUGGCUCAUUCACUCGAGCAUAUGAUGCCUUAAUCAAGGCUUAUGUCAGUGUUAGCUUGUUUGAUAGUGCUGUGGAUUUACUUUUCCGGUCAGAACGGAAGGGAUUUGUUCCACAUAUUUUUACUUGUAAUUUUCUCUUGAACCGUCUUACCGAGCAUGGGAAAAUGAAUAUGGCUCUAGUUGUGUACAAGCAGUUGAAGAGGUUUGGUUUCCAUCCUAAUGAUUAUACUUAUGCUAUCGUAAUAAAAGCACUUUGUAAAAUGGGUAACAUGGAAGAAGCUAUAUAUAUUUUUGAGGAGAUGAGUGAAGCUGGGGUGGUUGCAAGUGCCUUUGCUUAUACUGCAUAUAUUGAAGGGUUGUGUACCCACCAUUGUUCAGCUUCGGCGUAUCAGUUGCUACAAGCAUGGAGAGAAGCACAAGCCCCAAUAGACGUGUAUGCUUACUUUGUAGUAAUUCGUGGAUUUUGUGAAGAGAUGAAAAUAGACGAGGCAGAAAAUGUCUUUCUUGAAAUGGAACAAUAUGGAGUAGUUCCAGAUGCACAAACUUAUGGUGUGUUAAUCAAUGGUUAUUGCAAGAAGUUGAAGUUGCAAAAAGCCUUGUCUCUUCACAGUCUCAUGUUGUCAAAAGGUAUAAAAACAAAUUGUGUGAUCGUCAGCUCUAUCCUACAAUGCUUGCUUAGGAUGCAAAUGUGUUCAGAAGUAGUGAACCAAUUUAAAGUAUUUCAGGGUAAAGGGGUGUUUUUCGACAAGGUUGCAUACAAUAUUGUUGUUCAUGCCUUAUGUGAACAAGGAAAACUGGAAGAAGCUAUGGAGUUGUUAGAAGAUAUGACAAGUAGACAGAUCCAGAUGGAUGUCGUGCAUUAUACAACAAUGAUUAAAGGCUUUUUUGUCCAAGGAAAAAUUCAUGAAGCAAUGGUAAUGUUUGAAAAUUUGAAGAAAAAUGGUAUUGAGCCUGACACCAUCACUUAUAAUGUGCUUGCUGCUGGAUUGUCUAGAAAUGGUCUUGUAUCCAAGGUGCAAGGACUUCUAGACUACAUGGAGGAACAUGGUUUGAGAGAAGACCCUAAGAUACUCGACCUGGUAAUUGAAAAUUUAUGCGUAGGAGGCAAAGUGAAAGAAGCGACAGAAUUUUUCAAUAGUUUAGAAGUAAAGACGGUAGAGAACUAUUCUGCCAUGAUUAAUGGGUACUGUGCAGCCAACCAUACAAAUGAUGCAUAUGAUCUUUUUGUUAAUUUGUCCAAGAAGGGAGUUUCUAUUAAAAAAAGUACUCUCUCUAGGUUAGUUAGUAGCCUUUGCAUGGAAGAUUCUAGCGAUAGAGCUAUUAAGGUGAUAAAAAAACUUCCAAUUAUGGAUGUCAAGGCUAAUAAAAUUGUGUACAAUAAUGUCAUAUCUUCCCUCUGUCGGGUGGGAAAUAUGAAGAGGGCUCAAAGUUUAUUUGAUUGUUUAGUCUGUGCUGGGUUAACUCCUGAUCUCAUCACUUACACAAUGAUGAUAAAUGGUUAUUGCAAGAUUAAUUUCUUGAGAGAAGCUUAUGAGCUUCUUUGUGAUAUGAAGAAUCGAGGGAGGAAACCUGAUAUUGUUAUCUAUACAGUUCUGCUAGAUGGUCUAUUUAAAACCCGACUACAAGAGCUUUGCUCCUCAGUACAUUUAAGGGGAGAAAAGCAAGAAAUAGCUUUAGCUUCCACAAUUUUUGAUGAAAUGAAAGACAUGAAGAUUACUCCAGACAUUAUCUGCUACACUGUACUGAUUGAUGGGUAUUGUAAAAUGAACAACCUUAGUGAUGCUGUUGUCCUCUUUGAGGAAAUGGUCGAUCAAGGAAUUGAGCCUGAUACAGUGACUUAUACUGCCCUACUGUCCGGCUGUUGCAGAAGUGGAGAUACAGAGAAGGCCGUAACUCUAAUGUCUGAUAUGCUGUCGAAAGGAAUUCUCCCCAGUGAACAGUUUUCAACUCUGUUGCAUCACAAUACUCCAAAAACCAAGAAAAUGCGACUAUGAACACAAACACUUCACUGAAUAACAGCCCUGGAUUCUCUAUAACUGAAAUCUACUUGAGCUAUAUGAAAGCCCUCUACUUUGACCCAAAGAUGAAGCAUUCAAUUGUUUGGAGUUGUUGCAAUGAUGGGCUUAGAAAUUAAAACCUACAAUAUCAAGUUUCUGUAGCAGUCUCCUCUGUUGCAGAUAUGGUACAGAUGCUAUCCAGAGCUGAAAUUUUCGUUCCUGCAAUACUUCCAAGCUGUUGUAUACAGCGUACUGCAGUUCAGGUGAUGACUGAGUUGUUCCCGGGGUGCCUUAAAAAAGGAACCAAGGAGCUGAAAUAUACUUCAUGUUAGGAAGAGGCAAGGUGCACAACAAAAGCCAGACGACCUGGGGUUCCUAUUUCGGUAUUGUGUGCAGUGAACCCGGUACAAUGUGCCUAGACAUCAUUUGGGCUGGCGUUGCAAUGGAAAACUGCAUGACGGUGGUCUGUUCAAUGGCAAGUUGACCACAUCGAACAGGUUGAUCACGAGUUCUACCAAUCAAUUUAUAAAGUAGCUGAUAUAACACGCAUGUUCUUGCAAGCCCAACAUGGAAAUGCAUUCAUCAUAUGAGCCUUUGGAGAAUUCUUACAACUUGGUUGGUCUCAAUAUCUUUAUCACCAUUCUUUUCUGGAAUCGUGCAAUGAGCUGUCUCGAAAAACGAAUUGGUUUGAAAUGAAUCACAUGGCUUUCAACUUGAUACUAAUGGACCAUGUCGCAUAGAUGGAGCUCAUAUUUGCUGCAGAUCAGAAGAGGUAACAUAUUGGUGCAGUUCUCGGGUUUUCAUUUUGAUUCUCGUACGAAUCGUCGAAGGAGAGGCCAAACGUGCACCAUGGUUACACGAAAAGAACAACUAUCAUUGCUCUGGACAUCUUUAUCCAUGUAUUAUGCUUUUAGCUUAACACCAAUUAUGUUUUGUAUUGUGUUUCAUCGUUGUUGGCAAAAAGGACCACUUGGGAUAAAUAGAUUUCUAAAUUCAGCUGCAUAUUUCUUUUAUUCCACUUCUUCCUUUAUUCA